AUGUCAGUUUGCUUAAAUUUUUUAAAAGGCUAUCUAGUCUUGGGAUGUAUAUUUAACAUUGGUUUAGGCAUAGGUGCCUUUGUUGCAGCUGCUUAUCUAAACAAUCUUAACCAAUCAUUUUUAGUAAAUGGUGGAGUUUCUGCAGGUAAAAAGUAUGGAGUAAUUGGACUGUUUGCGCUAGGAGGUGUUUGCUGUUUAAUAGGUCUACUAGGCAUAAUAGCGUUCUGGAAAAGAAUAAAAUGCUUCUAGUUUUUGUUUAUAUUAUUUAAUACCCUAUUUUUAGUAAUAUUUGCUGCAGUUUUGGCUGGAUUAAUAUACUCUUAACCAUUUUUAAACAAGCUUAAAAACUAAAGCUGUGAUUAAAUAACAGAAUUAAAAGAGGCUGAUGAUUUAUUUACACGAUAAAUGAAACCAUAUUUUUGUAAGUUAUAAACAAGCUCAGUUUGCCCUUGUUAUGUAACUGAUAAAAGUAAAUGGAGCUCAGUAGAUACUUCUUAAAUAGUAUUCUAACCUUCUUCUUCAAGCAAAGAUGUAAAAGCAGUAACUGAGUGCUCAUAUGUAUCAAACUAAAUAUAAAAUAGUUAAACUGAAAUUGAUCUCCUAAAAGCAGUAGAAGAAUAAUUUAACUGCACAGGAAUUUGCUCAAGCGAUGUCAUUUAUUAUUUUUCUGAUAUUAAUCGCGGUCCUCCAAGCUCUACUAGUGGUUGUUAUAAACCUUUAAAAGAUUUAUUACUUAAGAUAAUAGGAGGAGUUUUUAUUUUUGUGGUGAUAUCAACAGUAUUCUCUUUUUUGAAUGUCUUAUUCGGAUUUGUUAAUUGUUGUUGUGCAAAAUACGAUACUCCCCAAAACUAAAACUAAGACUAAAAUGCAUAAAAUUAACAAGACAUAAGUAGUAUCUAAAUGUCUGUACGUAAACCUUUAAAUCCUUAACCAUAGGCAUAACAAUCAGGAUAUAACUUACAAAACAUAGCUGCCCAUAUUCCUAUUAACUAACAAAAUAUCAAUGCUGUUCAAAAAAAUGUAGGUAGUGCUUUCAACUAGCUCAAUCACUACUUACCUUAAAUUUCUCAUAACAAAUAAAAUAAAUUAUUUUGA